UUUUUCUAGAACAACCUCACUGUUCUGUGCAUACCCCAUGACAUAUUGAAGCGUGAUAUAUGUGAUAAAGCUUUUCUGAAUUGUUAGCCUUUGCCAUAUUGGUGAUCCGAUUGUAGACCUGGUCACAACCAACAGAAUGGCAUCAGGCUUUUCUGCUUCAUCGGAUGAUACACGGUGUGAGGGUUGCUUCACUGAGGACACAGCUCAUGUUUCCUACCGAGUCCUAGUGAGACAGAAACUCUGCGAUGGAUGUGCCAUAGAUAAAGAAAGUUCUAUUGCAGCAGAAUGGUUCUGUCAGAAACACGUCAUGGACAAGGCGAAGAUCUUCUGCUUGACUCACGAUGCCCCUAUCUGUGAGGCGUGUGCGAUCACUACACACAGCAAAUCAACAUGCACCCUUGGUGACGUUGAUGACACUCUGAAGGAACGAAAAGAGGACCUGGCUCGGUUGAUCGAGAUGAGUAAAGAGAACGAAGAAACGUUUAACAAUCAGGUGAAUUCGGUCGAGGAGGAGGUUGAGGGUCUGGAACAGCAUUUUGCAAUGGAGGAGGAGAAACUGCGACUAGCCUAUGAGAGAGAAGAAAAGAAACUCAAAGACGCAUUCGGAGAUCGUCAGCGGAAGCUGAAGGACGUAUCCGCUAGACUUCGUGAAAUGACUGGGUAUAUAAAAGGCCAACCUGAUAAGAAAUGCAAAGAACUUGUAGAGAUGCGGGCACGGGCCGAGGAAUUGCUAACAAGCAAGAGCGAUUUGAUGAAAGAGUUCCGGGACGUCAGUUCAUCUCUGACAUGUUUAACAGCCCAGGCUAACACCGAAAUUGACAUGAAAGUUGUGAUGAAAAAGGUCACUGGGGUGGCCCAGAAAGUGUCCUUUGCAAAAAGCGACAACCAACAAAUCGGAACCAUUGAUGUUCCAGUCGAAACCUGGGUCCAGAACGAUGAAUACAAUCCUGAAAUCGGAAAGAUCUCCUACAUGAUGGGCGCUAUCGCUGGCACUGAAAUAGUCAUCAAAGACACUGAAAAACACGCUAUCUAUGUCCUUAAUAUCGAGACCAAAAUCAAGAAGAAAGUGAUUAAAGGCAACAGUCCAUACGAUUUGUGGCGAUGUGUGCCACUGAGAGACACUGCUCGUAGAAUCGUUUGUGGGUCUAACGAAGGUGAGGUGGUCAUUUGUGAUCGUUCUUGGAAACCGCUCAUCGUCAUUACCGUAGAUGAAGAAGAAAAGAAGAGUGUAGGCGGUGAGAAGUGUUCUGUAUGCGUUGCUGUAAACAAAGAUGGUCUGAUCCUCGCCAACGCAGUCGGAUCUGGAACGAUCGGGAUCUAUAGCCCCGAAGAUGGUAAAGCGGUUGGAUCCAUUGACAUUGGGACUCCGAUAUACGACAUUUGUGCUCUCUCAUCGGGACACAUCGUCGUCCUCAACGAGUGUAUCGAAGGCAUUGAUACCUCAGUCUUGGACGACUCUGGUAAGAUCCUUGCUUCAAAGCACUGUCACGGAGAAGGAAUCAAGAGUCUAGUUGUAGACCGCGGACAUGACCUGAUCUACCUGCUCUCUUGGGACAGACACCAUUUAGAUUACAAGGUCUCAGUCUUGUCAACUUCUGCUGAGUUUGUUGCAGAACGAGUAGCUGUGUGUGAGCCAUCGUUUUACAGUCCAAGUUGUGCCAUUCCUAGACCUGAUAGAAUGGUCAUCUACACCGAUGGGAAGGUACUCUCCUUCCGUAAGACAAACAGGGGACUCCAUCAACUUCUUGCUGAGAUUAAACUUAAAGAAUAAAUAUGAGCACCAGUGUUAUGUGUUAAUUAAUAUUUCGUUCUUUUUAAUGCAAUCAUGUAUGAAUAGUGGAUAUAAAGCGGACAUUAACAAAAAGACGUUAACAUGCUUUAAUGUUGAAUGUGAAGUCUAUCCUUGAAUAUUUUUCGAUUAGUUUGAUUGUAGGGAAGAGGUUUAUCGUGGCGAUGGAUGAAGUUGAAGAGUAUAAUAAGUAGUCAUACGUUGUUCAACCGUCGUUCUACGCUUGAACAUCGUGAGACAAUAAUCAACUGAUUAAACUUCAUCUUCAAUUCGAUUAUAAUUAUGUUCAAGAAUACACUUUAACAAACUGUACCCAGUAGAUAUGUGGAUGAAAUUUAUACGUACCAUAUUUUAGACUUUGUGAGACGCUGUCUCAUGAUAUACGCCAUCUUCAAAUAGAUAUUUCUCCUGUGAUUAGAUUUUUAAGCAUUAUUUAGAAGCAACUUGGAACUUAUAUAGUUUUAUAUUCAUUUUCUGGUUAAUUUUUCCCACUCAGAUAGUGUACUUCUUAAAUUACACAAUUCAUUUAUCUUCAAGUUUACAUUGUGAUUUGUACACAAUGUUAAUUCCAUCGUUUUGUAUCUUGAUUAUUGUGAGGUAAAUAGGUUUUUUUGUCGAAGAUCUAUAAAGUACUUUAGAGAUGUUGUGAUAGAGUUGGAUAGUUUCACUUCUGAAUGAAUAUGUAACAAUACAUAUAAACAAAUACAUUUGUAUUAUCUUUUGUAUAAAACUAUCACAGACUAUUAUUGGUGAAUCCACUUUUACUAAUGACGUCAUCAUUUUUAUUAUCAUCAUCAUCAUCAUUAUACAAUUUAAUACUAUCAGCGUACGUAUUGCAAUUACUUUUUUAACGAGUAUUAAAUGUCAGACUAAUCUUAGUUUUCAUCCAUCCCUUUCCUCCAAACAUUCGAUUGCCCCUAACUCCCCCCUCUCUCUCUCUGUCUUCUCUCCUUUCUUCUCCUUCCCUCUCUUUCUCCCUCUCUAUCUGUCCCUCUCUCUUUAUCGUCUUCUCUAUCACUGAUUUAUCAAUUCUUUUCUCAAACAGUAACGGGCCUAUAUAUGUUUUAAUAGGUUCAUUCACUUGCGAAUAUUUUUUAUUCUUACUUUUUUUGUAAUGAAAAAUGAAAAAUAUAGUUUAUCAUUAUAAACGCUUUGUAAAACAGAUCCAAAUUCUCUCUCAAUUCCGUUUCUACAU